CAUUCAAAUCUAAUCUUUAGUCAUUCAUGCACCAAACUAUUUCUAAACUACGGCAAUACGACUCCAGUUGUUCAUAUACGGAUCAUAUUUCAAGAAUUUUUCACUAUUCAGCUUUUGAUAUUCUUUGACAGCAUUUUUACUCGUGCUGGAAAUCCACCCUGAUAACUUUAGUCGUAUUUAAAUUGGACUUUGAUAACAUAGUUUUUCUUUUUCUUUUCUGUUCUGUUCUAUUUAUACGCUUUGUGUUCCGCAAUCACUGUUUUUUGCUUUCUAGUAAUGUAAUCAGAGGGAAAAAGAGAGAGAGUUUAUCACACACAUUUAACGAGAUAUAUUCUUACAUAACCUAAAACGGAAAGUGCUAACACUGUUAUGAAUGCCAAGAAAACAUUCGGCUCGAUGAAUCACUGAUCCUGGCAAAACAUUUCAAUUGUUUCUUAAAAGUUUUGUUUUAUUUUAUGAAUUCAAAGAAAGAAAAAUAGAAAAAAAAUAGAAAAAAAAAAGCAUCAACGAUGCAGUUCAGCAAAUUGUGGGUUUUAAUAAUUACAGCAAUAUCUUCCACUCGUGUCAUUGUGAAAUGCCAUCCUCAGUGCUUAGACUUUAAACCACCGUUUCAAUCGAAUACCUUGGAAUUUUGCUCGCAAUAUAGAGACUUCGGUUGCUGUACCAAACAACAAGAGGAUGUUAUAUUUCAAAGGUAUGAAUACGUCAAGACUCAACUUUCAGAGACUCUUCUUCAAACAUGUGAGCCCUAUCUACGAGAACUGUUGUGUCAACCUUGCUCCCCUUAUGCUGCUCAUAUUUAUAGCGCUGAGCAGACGAUGCAUGCCAGUACUUUCCCCGGAUUAUGUUCUAAUUAUUGUUCAGAAUUCUACACCAAAUGCAAAGAUUUGGCUAAAUAUAUAACGAGUGAUCAAGAAAUUCUUGGCACUUUGAAUUCCAAAGAAAAUUUUUGUUUGGUUGUUCAACUGACGGAUACAGACUACUGCUACCCCAAUCUUUUAAAAAAUGAACACCUCAACUUCAACAUAUCUAUUCAACAAAUUACGAAAGAAGGAUGUAUGUGUGUCGAACAGUUUGCAUGGGACUUGAGGAGUCCUGUCGUCGCAAGACAUGCCGGCGACGGUAGUGGUCGCUUGUUUGUGGCCGAACAACGCGGAGUUAUUUACAUUUAUUACAGAAACAAAACAAGAGAGCAAAAGGCUUUUCUUGAUAUCAAGGACCGGGUCCUUUAUAGUAGUUACAGGAUGGACGAAAGAGGAUUUCUAGGGCUUGCUUUCCAUCCUAACUUUGCUGUAAAUCGAAAAUUUUAUACGUAUUAUUCAGCUAAACUCGGCAGACGCAAAGAGUGCAUCAGGAUUAGUGAAUUUAAAGCAUCCCGAAAAAACCGAAAUAGGGCCAGUCGCAAAACUGAAAGGAUUUUAUUACAAGUGGAACAGCCAUUCUCAAACCACAACGGCGGUGAGCUUCUGUUUGGCGAUGACAACUACCUGUACAUUUUCAUCGGGGACGGAGGAAGUAGUGGUGAUCCCUACGGCCAUAGUCAAAACAAGUCUGUUUUGCUGGGGAAAGUGUUAAGAAUUAAUGUUAACAAGAGACGUAAGGGGAAACAAUAUGCAAUUCCACCGAGUAAUCCAUUUGUCAACGAAAAUGGAACACGUCCAGAGAUCUAUGCUUACGGAAUUCGGAAUAUAUGGCGUUGCGACAAAGAUGAAGGCGACCGCGUCACAGGAAUGAACAAAGGGCGGAUAAUCUGUGGUGAUGUUGGCCAGAAUGCCUACGAGGAAAUUGAUAUAUUGGUCAAAGGAGGUAAUUAUGGCUGGAACGGCAGAGAAGGAUACCAAUGUUUCCAUCCUGCAGUGUGUGGCAUGGUUGGUCCUGAAGAAUUACCGAUAUUCUCAUACCCUCAUUCUGUGGGCAAGUCUGUAACUGGAGGUCACGUGUACCGCGGCUGUGAAAAUCCAAAUCUCAACGGAUAUUAUAUUUACGGAGAUUUUACAAAUGGGCGUCUCUUCUAUCUUUACCAAUUCAACGAAUCACAAAUCUGGUUGAACAAAGAGAUUCGCAUGUGUGGAGACGAUGUCUGUUUCAAUGGCUUGCAGGGAUCUUACAGUCCUUUUAUUCUCUCGUUCGGGGAAGAUCAGAAUGGCGUGGCAACCCUGAACUUUGUGAACCCCAACUGACAUACAACAAAACUGAUGUUCCUUACAACAUA